UGAAGCUCUCUGAAAAAGUUUUUCUGGUGAAAAUUGUUCGAUUUCGGCAAAAAAAAAAACAUGGACGAGGCUAAGGGAGAUAAAAAUAUGCGCUUUCUAUCGCUGAACAUCAAAGACUGCCUCGGCUGCAGCGAUGUGAGCGUGUCGUUCCCCCAAUCGAACAGCGUGCACGUGCUGCUGUACAAGCCGAUGGGGCAGGAGCAGGCCCGCGACACCGUCAAUGUGGCCGUGACGCCUGUGGCACAGGCCAUACAGCUGCUGUGCACUCUGACCUUUCCGGACGCCGAGAGCUUGGAGCGGCUGCCGCUGCUGGAGGUGGGACGUGGCAGCGUUUCCCUGCGCUUUCAGGUGUUGCAGCCCGCACCCUCGGGGGAGGGCAGCGACAGCGACUUGGACCUGGAGCCGUCCACAUCGGCGCAGGCAAGAGUGCGUCUCGAGGAGCGGAAGAAACGCCACGAGGCGGCACGUAAUCGCAAGAAAAUCUUCGUAGUCGAAAAGGAGGUGAUGGUCGAGCGGCGAUUCGACGAUCCCCAGAGUCUGGACUGGGUCACCUUUACGGUGAACGGUGGCGAGAUCCUCAAAUGGCAGCUGGACGAGUUCCACGCUCAGUUCUUCGAGGAUCCCCAGUACUCGUCCAUCCAUCUGUGGGAUCUGCAGCACAAGUGCGCCGGCAAUUGGCUGCAGAUCAUCCGGGCGGACGGCAAUGGCUACAAAAACUUUCAGACCCCGGGCAAUCCUUUUGAGAUCUUUGCCAAGCUCUUCGUUCGCAAGGAGCUGGAUGAGGAGGAUUUGGUGUGCAAAUUGGCCGAAUCCUGUAUUACCGUCAACGAGGCCGUACUCCGCUCGGAGCGUCAGUUCGUGAUGCAGGUGUUCAACCAUGUGCGCGGCAUAUUCGAGUACAUCACCAUGAAGCAGUAUACGGUGUGGUUCCUGGUGCCCGGCGCCCAGGGCCCUCAAAGUCUGACCGAAGAGGAUCUCGACUUCGAUUUGCGUACUGUGCGCACUUCCAUCCGUAUUGCUGGCGACAACAGGAACAUCUUCUGGAGCCAGUCCGAUCACAAUGUCCAGAACUUGCUGAUGGUCUCCUUCCAGUUGGCCCUGAGCAGCAUUGGCAAGCAAUCGGUGCUGAUUAUCAGCCAUUUGGAUAAGAUAUCUGAUUUCGUGACCUGGCAGUUUAUCACGGCUUCCUACAUGAACGACAUCUAUGCCCGUGGACCCACAGAUUCGAAAUGGGUUUGCAUGCGCUACUUGCAACGCAUCGUCGAAGUGGCCCAGGCCAACUGCAUCAUUGUCCUCAUCGAGUAUCCCAGCUUCCUGAGCAUUCUCUCCGACGAGCGGCAUGUGAUCAAGUGUGAGAAGCAGCCGGUCAAAGAAUCCUGGGACGUUAAAGUUGCGUCCGCCGAAUCGUCCGAGUCCCGCUUGGAAAUCCUUAAGAAUGCCAUAAAUUUGGAGCUAGGCAGUGUCGCGCCCGCCACCCCUCAAGAAUAAGGCAUCUAUCAAGCGCUCAUCCAAUUUUAGUUUUACAAAUAUUUCCUUUGCUCCUCCAUUGUUCCGUUGCUCGUUUUGUAAUUACGCAGCCGCCGCCGCCGGCGGUUGUUGGGGCAACUUUUCGACGCAAGAACAUAUCCGAAUGUGCUACAGAAGAUAUUUUCAUAAAAUAGUUAACAUUUCAGACGAAGCCGAAGGAAACAGAACACUUUUUUUUUUUGUAGAAUUAAAGAUAUUCAAGAUUUGGCAUUCAAUAAGUGCCUUGGUGGGGCCAAAACAUACAUUACAUAUAUAACAUAUUCCAUUCAUUCAAAAAUAAUAUCAGAGAACAACAAGAGAUGGUUCCCAUUUAUUUGGAAAAAAUACACACAUUUUUUUUUAUUGUAUCAAGAUGAAUUGAUAAAAAAUGGAAAAAAAUACACUAUUGAACUGAUAACAAAAUAAAGCGAGCGAAGGAAAUAAUCAUUAAAAAAUAAGAAUCUGAAAUCAAAAAAAAUGUGCCAAGAAUUUAUUUCACAAGGAAAACAAAAAAAAUAAAAUUGGAAAAAGUUCUUUCUUUACAAAUACAUUUUUUUGUUUAUAUCCAAAUAAAAUUGAUCCACAAAAAUUAUGGAAAAAUAUCAGAAAGAAAAUGCACUGUUAAGUAACUGAAAAAUAAAGCGAGUGAAACAAAUAAUCUUUAAAAAUUCGAGUCUAAAAUUAAAUCAAUGUGCCAAGAGUUUAAUCCACAAAUAAAAAUAAUAAU